AUGGCUGCUAACCGGGUAGGGAGGCGAUACAACAGUAAAGUCCACUCGCCAAACAGAGGUGCGGGUCGAGAACCCGGGCUUGCUGUACAGAAGAGACAAGCCCGAGUUACUGUGAAAUAUAACAGAAAAGAACUCCAGAGGCGCUUGGACGUGGAGAAGUGGAUAGAUUCUGGGCUUGACGAGCUGUACCUGGGCAGGGAGGAGGACAUGCCCGAGGAGGUGAACAUUGACGAGCUGCUGGACCUGCCCAGUGAUGAAGAGAGGGCACAAAGACUGCAGGAUAUUCUCCACACCUGUAAUAACAACACAGAGGUCUUCAUUAAAGAGCUAGUGUUAAAACUGCAUGGGCUGCAGAAGCAGGAGGACCUUCACAAUGACGGCAUUGAGCAUGCUCAGCUCCACAUCUUCUCUGACCGCGAGGGUUCCACUGAAACUGAACUGCACUGA